AGAACACAUUCUAGUCAGUGGCAUUAAUUCUAUCACCGUACAAAUUUAUUACCAGCGACAUAACUAGAGGUCAUUUGGGUUUCACUAACCUUAUAGAAAGGAUCUGCUUCAGUUUAGGGGUUUUAGACGACCAAAGGAGACUUCACAGCCAUUGCUACGAGAGGAGAAAUGGUUGAAUAAUAUAUCUAGAGGAACCACAUAUCGAUCACGUACAAUUUAUUAAGAGACAGACGCUUUGAAACCAAAGCAAAAAUCAAAGCGCUUUCAUCGCUUGCAACUUCAUACCUCCGGGAGAAAUUCCGUGGCUAUAUUUGCCUUGAGAUCGAAGGCCGUUUCUCUAGAAGGCAUUUUUUUUAAAAAUUAGAGAUUUGUAAAGGGACGCCACGUCUUUUAGUUAGCAUUGCUCGGGGAGAGACAUUGCCGAAGGCAACUGCAAGAAGUUACCGCCAGAUACGAAUUCUCUUCUUCUUCUCGAAUUCGUAAGGAGUCGCCAUGAGUAACCGACGUUUUGAUAGGCCUCCGUCGUGGGUGGGCUACGUAGGGGACAUGCGCAUCGUCACCGAGUACCUCCUGACGAAGCCGUGGCAGAGCUCCUGGGGCGUGGCGAAGACGGUCAACGCCAUCCUCAGGGCUAAUGGAACGGUGGCGUUCGCUAACAACCCUCUCUCAGGAGCUCUCAUCCUCAUAGCUAUGUUUGUCGGAAAUCCGAACGUGGGCUUCGCUUGUUUGGUGGCUGGCAUUAUAGGCAUCAUCUUCAGCAAGGUGCUGAAACAGCCAGAGGUCCUGAUCAGUGACGGAGUGACGCUCUUCAACGGCAUUCUGGUCGGCUGCAUAGCCGUAGCAGCUUUCCCUGCCAUAUCCGGACACGUUAUAGACGGCGUCUUCUGGAGUUACCUCUGCAUGGCCGUUAUAGUGUCAGCGUACGUUGACAAAGGCCUGAACGCUCUCAUGGCGCCCUCCUCGUUGCCAGCGUUCUCCAUCCCUUUCAACCUGUCGGCAGCCUUCAUGUUGCUGACCAUGCGCAGUGCCGCCGGCCUGGAAGGACGCAUGGUAUCGGCCGAUGCCUUUUUCCCCGAGGAAACGAUCGUUAACGAAACUCUCGUCCAUAAUGGCACGGCUCGCAUCUCUUGGCCCAGGGUGAUGGAAGGAACUCUCUUAGCAGCUGGACAAAUCUACGGCGUGGGUACCGUUGAUUCAUCCAUUCUCAUCUACCUGGCAUUCCUCCUCUAUUCACCCUUACUCACCAUCUUCCUGUACAUCGGCAGUAUAAUAGGAACUAUCAUCGGCGCCCUUGUCUGCACAGCACCUUACACCGAGGUCUACGCCGGCCUUUGGGGCUAUAACGCCAUGCUCACCUCCGGCGCCAUCUCCUACUUCUUGGUGCCGACGCCUGGCGUCAUUGUCGCCGCCGUCGUAGGCUCUACGAUUACGGCAGUUAUCCAGGCGGCUACACUUCACAUCUUCUCCGCAACGACGACGCCUGUGCUGUCGUACCCCUUCAACGUGGCCACGGUGCUCAUCUGCGCGAUCAGCACUGCGCAGGACUCGCCCUUCACCUGGGUCAAGUACCGCAGCUUCCCCGAAUGGCACCUCUACAAGCACUACAAGAACCGCAGGGAGGAGAUGGCCCUGGGCGACAGGCAUCCCGAAAACGGCAUACCCCUGAACAAAAAGGACAGCUUCGUGUACGUUCCAGAGAACGCCGUGAACGGAGACAAGAGUUAAAUGGAGCUUUCUGUGGGCCAUAACGUAAGAUGGCUUCACCAGGCGUUGUUGAGGCUGGUAAUUAUGUACGAGAUCAGUGAUACCGUGGAACGUCUCUUGGCAUCGAAGUUUAUCGUCUCUUCGUGGAAAUGAUGGGAUACCAUUUCGUAUCAUCUCACGCUCAUUUGGAAUCGAAUUCAUCAUCGUAUGUCAUUUUCAUCAUCGUAGUUCGUAAGUUGUAGAUGACGAAAUCUGCGUGUCAUCGGUAGAGGAAGGAACACGCUCACAAAACGAAACAGAAAGGAAACUUUAAAACUCUUAAAUCAGGGCAUUUUGUUUCAAAACACUAGAUUGAACAAACAAAAACUGUCUUCUAACCAUUGUUCCUGAAGUAAAACAAGAGAAAUUAGCACUGAAGGACGUCUAGACUUAUCAACAGAGAAGGAUUAGACUAAGGAAACAACAAAGAAGGAUUAGACUAAAGAACAGAAUCAACUUGAACCCCCUUAAAAACUCCAGUUCUGCCUCUCUUCGCCCUUUGCCAGAUGUCUAUCAAGACAUCAUUCCUGCAGUUAUGUUUUCAUCCGUACAAAUCACUCAUCCUUCGGGAGGAUGAACUCCAUACGAGUAUGUCUACAAAAGCCUACAUUCUGUCUACAAAGGCCUACGUUUAAGAUGAUUCUUACUUUCAGGACACACAAAAGACCAAGAUGUACUGUAGGGUAGGUAAUGUCAGGACAAGUCAGAUACAAAGGAGACUUACCCACCAGUGCUUUACUCUGGGAAGUAGUCUAGGAAGUCGGCCCUGUCAUGGCAUAAGGCCAGCUUAAAAGGGUAUACUCGGGCAGUUACCUUCAUCCUCAGCCUGCUGACAGAUUAACUCACGAGGUUAAAAACUUGGCUGUGUCGGUAAUAUUUAAAUUUACACGAUAAAUUGAAAAAGGAGACUUUGAACUGCCUAACAGACCAUUUAUGGAGGGUCAAUAGUUACCCACUUCCUGCACUGGCUUUUAUUUUGAACAGACCAGCGAACUCUUCAUAAAGCACAUCCAGGUUUAUGUACACUGAUUGCAUAACUUCAAAGAGUAAUUUGAUAAUAAAGAAUCAGCACUGAAGCAUCAAGUUGGCUAAACCUUACUGAAAAUUUUCUGCAAUGACUUGUGGGAAUGGUUCCAUGCGUCUAAGAGCAGGAAAAGGCACAUAAGCCGAAAGUCUUAUUGGAAACCAUAGGCGCAUGCAGAAUUCCUACUUUAGGUCUAUCACAGUAUGGAUGAAAUGAGAUCCUCAAUAUUUACCAAUGAAAAGAUUCUUUCCUUGUUACCCAGUCGAAUAACCAGGGAGUAUUUUUCAUUACGUUUCUAUAACGUAUCUGUAAUUUGGAGGGAAUCUUUUUAUUCAUCCAAAGAUAUGCCAUAAAACCACCCCAUAGUCUUGCUACUCUUGUUAUCUUGAGAGUAAUCACCGAACAGUUGGGUUAGUGAGCGCAUAUAUUGCUGUGAUAACAUUACCUGCCUCUGUGCUGUUCAGAGUAGAGAAUGCUGUUAAUCUUCUGGCCUGAGAUCAUGAAUUGUGUCAGUGACGAGUUCUAAUUGAGUUUAGCCUACAUAUCCCUACUACUUGUCUUGAAUUCAACUAGGCUAAGUGUGUCAAUGACGACUUUUAAUUGAAUUUACAUAGACCUACUACUUGUUAGGAAUUCAACUGUAGGCUAUUUGCGCUAAUGACUUCUAAUUGAGUUAACAUAGGCCUACUACUUUUCAUGAUUCCAGCUAGGCUAAGUGUGUUAAUGAUGAAUUGAGUUUAUGUAGGCCUACUACUUGCCAUGCAUUCAACGAGGCUUUAAAUGUUUUUAAAUCAUCCAUUCUUAUUUCAACUACUUAUUCUCUGUAACAUAUUAUUCCCUCAUUCACGUGUGUAUACCCCAUUUUAUGUAAAUACAAAACAUGUCACAAAUAUAACUCUCAUUGCUAAAAUAUCUACAUCUUUAUCAGUGCCAGAGCUGGAGUUAAGGUUUAAGGGUACAAAAUACUUUCUGCAACAAUUCAAGUUUCUGUUUUGUGUGGAUCCAUAUUGACAUAAUACGCGGAAUUAUAUUUCCGUCUGUAUUUACGUAAAAGUGUUCCUUUGCAGCCACUUUCGUCAGUGUAACUUUUUUGUAACAUGAAUGUAUACGUCAAAUCAUU